AUUACAACAAAAACCACAUGGGCCCAGCCAUACCCACAUACCGCGAUUGCGAGAAAUCUCUUUGUUCCACACGAUUUGAGAGUUCAGUAUAAAAACAAUCGUUGUUUAGGCAUUUUGUAUAUUUAUAGUCGUCGCAAGUGAAAAGCUUUACUUCGUCUAACAAGGUAUACCGGUCUUACGCAGAAACCCUACAAUGUCUACAAAUGUCAGCCAACCUAAAUAUUUUGCAGCUGAUCAAGUUGCAAAAGUUCUAACAUGGAAUUUGGUAAACUCUGCUGUCGAAGAGGCCCUAAAAGCUACUGGAAUAACGCAAGCAAAUUCGGCAAACGCCAAGGCUUCUUAUGCCAUUCAGCCAGCACGUUCAGUAACACCUUGUGGAGAUUAUUCAAAGCUACUACUGACCAUGCCAGGCUUUGUGGGAAACUAUCAAUUAAGUGAAAGUGGUGAUCGCAUCAACACCCUCGCCUGUAAAUUGGUUACUUCAUUCUCCUCUAAUCAAAACCUGCAGCCGCCUCUACCAAACAUUUUAGCAAAUAUACUUCUCUUCUGUCCGCAAACUGGCCAACUUCGGUGCAUUAUAGAUGGUACACAAAUAACGGGGUGGCGUACAGCUUCCGCAUCAAUAGUUGCCACGAAGUAUUUGUUUUUGAAACGUUUUCCUCAAGCAAAAGAAAAACCCAUUAAAGUAGCCUUAAUUGGUUGUGGCGUGCAGGGCCAGUCGCAUGCACUAGGAAUGUGCAAGACAUACAAUGUUAUCGAUAUCUUUUUGUGGAAUCGUACAAAAUCGAAAGCCGAAAAUCUUGCCAGCAAACUACGAGCAGAAUUUCGAAAUGGUCUGAAAGUCCAUGUAAGUGAAAGACCCCAAGAUGCAGUUCAAGAUGCAGAUGUUAUUUGCGUGGGCACCUACUCGCCAAAUGCUUUAAUCUCCUAUAGUAUGUUAAAAGACGGUGAUAUACAUAUAAAUACUGUUGGUGCCGGUCAGGUCCAUUUCGGUGAAGUUGGUCAGGACAUUUACGACAAUGCUGUUGUCUACGUUGAUUCUUUGGUCAGUGCCAAAACGGAAUUAAAAGAUUUAAAAGCCACAAUCAUAGGUGAAGUGGGGGAAGUUAUUCGCAAUGAAGGCCAAAGGACAGAAAAUAACCGCAUAACAAUCUUUCAAUCAAUGGGCAUAGCCGCAGAAGACGCCACUGUAGCUCAAGCUGUCUACAAUGCUCUGAAUAAAUAAAAUAUUUACAGCCAAGAAAAGAAGUCUACAAGCAUACAAAUACUGUACGUAUACAGAAAAUAUUAAAAACAACGUCCAAUUAAGAAAUUUGGUCAUUUAGUAAAAAAAAUUGGCUGAAAUCGGUCCUAUAGAGGAAUUUGUGUUAUUGCUUAAAAAUUUUGCAAUUUUAAUUUAUGAUAAGCUCAAAAAUUCAAUUAACUCCAUAAACCAAAUAUUUGAAAGUUGCCUUUUCUUUUAGCAACUUUUUUACUGUUAUUAAAAUAUAAAAUUAAUAUUUUCCGCA